AUUUUACAUGGACCCAGUUUUUGAGAAGUAACUAUAAGUUGAAACAUUUAGUGUCUGAAUUUACCUACAAGAUGUUACUUUCCAUCACCAAUUCUUGGUGUUUUAGUUUUAAGGGAAAAAUGUAAUUUUUAUUUUUCCCUGUGACACCCUUUUGUAAGCAAACAUUUUUUCAUUUGUCAUGACGUUGAAGUUAGAUUUACCAUAUCAGACAUGUUCACUUUCAUAUGGGUUCUGCUGUUAACACUGUUGGCCAAGUACUAUCUUCCUACAGGGCCAAAUAAAGGUUUUUGAUAUGCAUAACUCAGGGAAUCCUAAGGAUUAUGAAUCAGGCCAACACAAAUUUUAAUAGAAAAAAUAUUUGUCAGGUUUUUUAUAGGGUGGGUUACAUUGGGAGUCACAAUUCAACCGUGAUCUACCUAUGUCCAAUGAUUACCCUACAAAAGCUGUAAUUUAGCUGAAUUUUGUAAAUUGAUUUUACCAUUUCUUUGUAAAACAUAGGAAGUGAAUGAUAGGUGUUUAUAAAUAAUUCAUGCUAAAGAAACUAAUAAAGGGGGUGUGCUUAAUUGAGUGAUGGGCCUAUUGCUCUAACGCUCCUUGAAGGGAAGUUGGGAUAAACUAUAAAGUGUUUGUAGAAAUGAUGAGCUUGUUUUCUUGGUGGGAGAUGGGAGAUGGUGGUGUUAAAUCAGGGCUUAAAGUUUUUUCCUUUUCAUGAUGGAAUCGGUGAAGCCAGUGGCUGUGACCCCGAGGAAGAAGCUGGCACGCAGUUUUGCUAAGGUUCUUCAUGUGAAAGCACUGAUUGGGAUUGCCUCUGUUGAUGGGUUGAAGAAUGUUAUAUCUGAUGCAAAUCUCAAGGAUGAAGGGAACAUGGGAAAGAGUAAUAAGAGUUCACUGAAUUGGUCUGAGUCUUUCGUUGAAGAUGAUGAUGAAGAGCUUCAGGAGAGAAAGGCCAAUGAAGCUCUUCUGGCAAAGCUUUUUGCUAGCAUUUCAAUUGUUAAAGGUGCAUAUGCUGAGUUGCAAUAUUCUCAGUCACCUUUUGACCCUGAUGGAAUCGAAGCUGCUGAUCAAUUGCUAGUGUCUGAGUUAAAGAACUUGUCUGAGCUGAAACAAUGUUUCUUGAAGAAACAGUUUGAUCCUUCGCCCGAGACAGCUAUUCUUGAGGCUGAAUCCAAGGAGCUGCAGGGUGUGAUCAAAACAUAUGAGAUCAUGGGGAAGAAGCUAGAGUCACAGGUGCGGCUCAAGGAUUCUGAGGUUAUUUUUCUUAGGGAAAAGUUAGAGGAAGCUAAUAAGCGUAACAAGGCAAUUGAGAGGAGAUUAAAUCAAAGUGGCCAACUAGCUGUGCUUGAUAAUGUUCACAUAUCAGGGUUAAGUCCUAGCCAUUUUAUCUCAGUUCUUCGCCAUGCGGUUAGGUCCAUUCGCAACUUCGUGAGGGUGAUUGUGGAUGAGAUGAGAUCUGCAGAUUGGGAUGUUGAUGCUGCAGUGAAUGCCAUUGAGCAGAAUGUGGUUUAUUUGGCAGAAGAUCACAAGUGUUUUGCAAUUGAGGCAUUUGUUUGCAGAGAGAUGUUUGAUGCUUUCCACUUCCCCAACUUUUCUGUGUCAAAAGAGUCUCUCCCUGAUAGAAGCAAGAGACAGCAGUGGUUCUAUGGGAGGUUCAAUGAGAUGAAAUCCAUGAAGGCAAAGGACUUCCUUGCUGAGAAGCCAAGAUCAUCAUUUGCAAAGUUUUGCAGGGUGAAGUACUUGAAACUGGUUCAUCCCAAGAUGGAGUCAUCAUUUUUUGGUAACAUGAGUCAAAGGAACCUUGUGAAUGCUGGAGAGUUUCCAGACACUGCAUUCUUCACAUCAUUUGCUGAGAUGGCCAAGAGGGUGUGGCUUCUACACUGCUUGGCCUUCUCUUUGGAGCCCCAAGCUUCAAUCUUUCAAGUGGGGAAGGGGUGUAGAUUCUCUGAUGUAUACAUGGAAAGUGUGAAUGAUGAAAUCUUCCUGUAUUCAGAAGUGGAAUCAGAUCCACAAGUUGCUUUCACAGUAGUUCCGGGGUUUAGGAUUGGUAAAACUGUUAUACAGUGUCAAGUUUACCUCUCACAGCACCAAAGCAAGGCAAAAAAAAUCACUUCCACAAAGCAAAGGUAGCAGCAGGAGCAGCAGCAGCAGGCACUAGGGGACCCCACAACACAGGUUAUUGAACUGGAAGGCAUUCUUUUUAUUUUCUGAGUGAACUUUUUGGAGGGAAAUGAAGGAGUUGUGGGGACUGAGCUCUGGCUAGGAUCAUCACUGGGGCAUCUUUGUCCAUUUGUAUUUUGGCCAUUUUGAAAAGAAAAGCCAUUGGACCGUUGCAUUGGGAACAACCCUUUCUUUAGAAUCUUUUUUAAUUUAUGCCAGAUUUAUCAAAGACAUCCUCCCAAAUUUUCUUAUCAGCCCAAUGACAGGGAUGUCUAGCUGUUAUGCAUCUUUUUUAGACAUUGCAUUAUAUAAUAUGUACAUAAUGAUAUAUAGGUGGGAAUUUUAUAAUCCUCCUCAUUUCCUUUCUUUAUUAAUC